GUCGAUCUCAAGGUCGACCUAAUGCGAAGGACGGCAUGGUUGCACAAAUUCAACCUGUUCAGCAUUACUUAACAACAUGCUUCGAACCUGUCCAUCCAGAGUCCGCUGACUAACCACUUGUUGCUGGUUACCCAUCUCUGCAGAAAUUCUUAAGAGCUCAUAAUGGUUACGCAUAAUGAUAUUUUGGAUAUUAUAAAGCCAAUUAAACGUGGUGAAAAUGAUGCCUCAGUUGAAUUUCCUUUUGAGCGAAUUUCACGUUAUUUGCUUCUUGAUGAAAAAGAUCUUCCAGAUGACCUUCGAAAAUUACUGGUUGAAAAUAUUGUAAGUGCUGCUUUCGAUCCAUCACUUAUAAGGCUGAAAGGUUUUGAGUUGUUAUUUCCUGGUCUUUGGAAUUUUGUGUUUCUAAGAUCAUCAGAGGUAAAUUGGGCAUCAUCACAAGUGUUUCCUAUAUUGAAUCAAAUUGUACGGUUCAACUGUUUUGUCGACUUCGCUGACCAGCUUCCAUCUGUCCUAGUUAUUUCAGUUAAAAAAGCCUCUGAAUUAUAUAUGCUCGACGCGGAUUGUCUUUUGUUUUUAGAUGCACUUUUGCAGUUUGGCAUGAAACAUAACAUUGACUUGGAUGACGCCCUUUUAAAAAGCGUCAUCAUUUGUGGUAAUGAAUUCGAUUCGUCAUGUAAAGAUGACUCACUCUGGAAUCGUUUGCUUUUAAUAAUAAAGUUGAUAAACUCAAUGACAUCAGUCGACAAUACUGACAAUUUAUUGGAAUCACUCAAACAACCGAUUUUAUUUUGCUUAGACUGCUUGAAGACUAAAAGGUUUUUCAGCAUCAGUAAACAGUUCUGUCUUGUCCUUCAAUUUUUGUCUGGUUUGACAACUUUGUAUCAGUCGUUUAAGUGGUUAGAAGAUUUUUGCUAUAAAUCUAAUAAUGGUGAACCAUUUACACUAAUUGUUACAACUGUCACUAUUGAACUGCGUCUUUAUCUGUCUCAGCAAAUGCCAUCUAACAAAAAUAAGAGCAUUUGUAAUCAACAGUCAAUUGUGGAGUUGAAUACUGGGAAUAGUUCUAUACAGCGCUUUCUUACAGAUAUCAUGGUUGACUCGGAUCCUGUAAUAAUUAGCCGAAAUAUAUCGGAAGCAUGUUUCGUCCUUUUUCGAUACAGCUUAAAAGAAAUAGAGAAAGGCAAUAACACUGACGAUACGGUAGAUAAUUGUGACAUCGCGUCUACUGGCUGCCUAAUUUCCUAUGCCUCAGAUGAAACAGUGAAGAAUAUAUGGUUACAGUGCGUAGAUACUGGUGAAGAUCUACUAGAUUUCUUGUUAGCUUACAGUGCUAUGGUGAAACAGGAGUGCGAUUACGACUCACAUUUCUUAUGGGAUAAUUCUACCAAACAAAUCAAAUCACUUGGUGCACUUCUGAUAGAAGUAUACUUCAGUUGGUUGGCAGUUUACUUCACCACACAUUGUAUGCAGUGUGAAAAUGCUAGUGAGACUACGUCUGCUUUUGAAAGACUAUUCGACAAGUAUUUGGCUCCGAUUUCACCAAUUUUGAGUUCACUCAUGACAUAUUAUUUUGAGAAACAUUCCAUGUUAUCUGAUCCUGAAAAUCAUUCUACUGACGAUCUUAAGUGGAUUCAAUCAGUGGCAAACAUUUGUAGUGUAAUAAUUCAAUUAUCUACAAUAACUUCAAAUCCGAAGUUUUCCACUGAUUGGUUUCCAUGGGAUUCUGUUGACAAGCCAUUUUGUGGUGAAAUUGUUUGUAAUUGGUUGAAGAAAAUGUGGAAUUUUGAUUUUCUAAGUGUGCAAACAUGCUUAUCAAGUCCAGUUAUAGAAAUGCUUACUAACAUUCUGGAACUGAUUGAUACUUGCGUAUUGGAUUCACAGAUAGUCAAGUCGACGGAAAAUAUUAAAGAGAGUAAUUUAUACAAGUGGUUGGCAGAACCCGGCGAAUUAUUUCACUUAUUCAUUGGUAGUUGGAUAUCUUUCUACGGUGCUGUUGGUCGGCUUCAUGGUGUGUGAAUUGGUGUCCCAAGGAUAUAAGACAGCAUACACAUCCUCUGGGUUCAUCGUUCAACCGUACUAGCCAGUUCUCUCCAAAGAACUAAAACGAAGUGUUCUUAAAGUUAAACUAGCCAAAAUCAAAAUCAUUUCCGCCAAAUAACUGCAAUCUUUGGUUAUAUAUUGCUCAUCGUAGCACACUCCCAGUUAAUUCAUUCUUUAUUUUGUUAUCCGUACCUAGAAGUCACGUAGUCUGCUGAUUAAGUUGUUAUUGUCCCAACUGUUUUAUUAUUCUAACCACUUCAUCUUGUACUGCUUACUAUACAAUCAGUUUGGAAGCUAAUUUAUUUCUUAAUUACUCCCUAUUUUUCCAGAAUUUUACAUUGUGUUAUCCACUUGUUUCAUGUCUGCAAAUAUUUUACCCUAUAAAUAUUGCAAUAAUUUUCUUAGUUAAUUAUCAACUCUCCGACAUAUUGAUAUUGACUAAUUACUCUUAACAGAAUUAUCAACACUAGAUCGGUAAAUUUUGUACUAAAAUAACUAUAUAAAUGUGAGUAGAGCCGUAGAUCUAAACCUAACUGAAAGGUAAAUAUUUCUUUACUCGUUC